GCGACGCCGGCCAGGACGCCGUCACGUGGGAGGGCGGCUCCGCUGCGGCUGCGGCUGCCUCGCUCGGCCCGACCAGCGGCCGCCCCGUGGGGAGCCCGCCCGGCCAUGGCGACCCAUGGGCCGCCGCGCGAGACCCGCGACGGGCCAACAGUCGGGACCCCCGCCCAAGCCUCGCGACCUCGGCCCGGCCGGGCUCCCGGCGGCGCGGUGGCGAGUGGCUACAAGCGGGUAGACUGGGCCCCAGAGGCAGUAGAGAAACGAGGACCGUACAUCAUGACCCGAAUGCCUUCCAUCCAGGCCAAGUUGCAGAAGCACCGAGAUCUGGCAAAGGCUGUCCUGCGGAGAAAAGGCGUGAUGGGAGCCUCUUCACAUCAUCCCAGCUCUUCAGGGAAAAGGUCAGUGAAGUUUAACAAGGGUUAUGCUGCCCUCAACCAAAGUGCAGAUGAAAAUCUGGUGUCUCUCGAUUCAGACAGUGAUGGAGAAUUGGAAUCCAGAUACUCAUCAGGCUAUUCCUCUGCAGAGCAGGUGAAUCAGGAUCUGAACAGGCAAUUGUUGCAAGAUGGGUAUCACCUGGAUGAAAUGCCGGAUGAUGAAGAUCUGGAUCUUAUUCCUCCCAAGCCUAUGGCCUCCUCCUCCUGCACCUGCUGCUGCUGUUGCCUCGGGGAAGCAUUCUCCUGUACCGUCCAGUAGGCAGUGCCUGCCUGGGGGGACAACACAAGAGGGACAGUAGCCUGGGACCUCUAGAGCAUGGUCCUCUACUUCCCUGGUAGGCAGAGCUAUCAGCACCAGAUUCAUCAUUUAGGAAGGUCAGUGACUUGCAGGAAACUGCCACGGUGUUUCAGACCAAAGGCUCUGUAGGGCAGAGUUCAGGUGGGGAGUCCAUGGGACUGGGUAGGAGGGUUACCUACAGCUUCUGUCUGAUGCAGCAGUCACCUUGGGAGACAGGGAAGGAAAUGCAGGAUUUUUUUCUUAAGAAUAAGGGUAACAAAAUUUGUUUUGUUUUAGAGAAGUCAUCAACUCCUAUUUAUCAUUUGAGUGCAAUGGAUGUUGAUUUGACAUUCUCUAUAGGGGUGUCUUCUUUCUAGUGUAGUGUAUUCAGGAUUUUAUAUGGUAAGGUGAGGAAAAGGAGUUUGAGGCAGCUGACCUUAGCUAAGGAGUCUUUAAGGAGAAUUUUGGUCCCUUGGGAUUCUGAUAGAAGGAAGCUUCACUGGCCUUGGCAAGGCCCAAGGAAGCCAAAGUGAAAUGUGUACCUUCUCUGUAGCUGCUGCUGGUGGGCUUUCCCCUUCCCCUAAGCCUGGGUGAGCCCACUGCUUUGGCAGUGGCCCGCUGUAAUGACCAAUUUCCAAAUCCUGGGAGUUGUGAAGCUGCAGUGAUUGGCCAAGACCCCAUAGUCAGGUGCUGUGGUUGCUUUGCAUAGCUAGCUUUUCUCUCUCCCAACCUGCAUUUAUUUAUUUAUUUAUUGGGGUUUUCAGGUCUUUUGCUUUUGGCCUUGUUCUUGCCCAGCUCCCCAGUCUCUUUCUUGGGUGGAUGGCAUUCAGAUCCUGGGGGGGGAGGGGGGAGGAGGGGGCUGGCCCCCAGCUUUGGUGAGGAGACAGACCAGAAAUUUUUGUAAUUUUUGUUAAGAACUCUGGAGUCCUGGAUUGAGGAGGGCUGUCCUGAAGGGUUAGAAGACUGAUGUAUGUUUUAGCCCAAGGAAUAGAAAGUAGGAAUUGGACAAACCAGGGAAGCAGUCGUGACCAAAGAGGCUGACUAUCCCCAAGAUGGACUCUCCUGCCCUUCUGCUACUCCCUUCUUGAUGGAGCUUAGCAAGCCCUCAAGGCAAGCCCAAAGCCACAGAUGUUCUUAGAUUUUCAUUUUCACUCAGGAGUGGAGGACCCAGGUAUAACAUUUAGAUAGAAGACCUUGGGAUUGACCUUUGAAUUCUGUUUAGAUUCAACAGAUGGGCUCAGCUUCCCCCUAGGUUUUUAUUUUUCUAUUUGGUUAGUUUGUUUUGCCUAAGGCAGAGCUGUUUCUAGGAAGAAGGAGGUGUGUGGGCCGUGUGGGCCAUGUUGGGAGCUGGUGUGGGAUUGUGAAUGUACCAGUCCAAGACUCCCUUGGCUAUCUGGCAUCUUAGGGUCAUCUUCCUCACAGACCCUUUUCUUGAUAUCCUCCCCUUAGGCGAAUUUGGGGGACUCCAUGUACCAGGUUGGUGCUUGGUCCCCUAGUUCUGAAUAAAGAGGGAUGUUAAGGGAAUCAGGACAGCUGCAGAGGUGCUUCAGGAUCUCUGGACUCCAUUAAUCUGGUGUCCCACUGGCCACCUCAAUCUAGAGGAGAUCUGUGGGGCCUGCUAGAUCCAGACUAGACAAGAAAAAGGCAGAGGGAUUUCAGAGACAACCAAACACAAACAGAAACUUUGUUCUAUUUUUUUUGUCCUACUUUUGGUUUCAAUCUCAGACCCCUUUGGGGCAGUUGUUCACUGUAGUUGUUUACUUACAGGAUGUGUGUGCAUCUGUAUUCCCAAGUUGUUUUAUGGCUUAUUGUGUGUGUGUGUGUUUUUGCAAAGAAUGAUCAACAGAUGAGUAGGGAGGAAAAAAGCAUUGGAAGGAUGGAGGACAGGGAGGUCAUUAAAAGCACAGUUACUUUCUCUCCAUUAUGGAGUUUUUUGUGGGGUAACAGAAGGCCUUGAGUGAGGUUUAGACAAUCCCUCAGUGGGAUGAAAGGACAGAAAAGCCUGGAGUCCGAGCCUGUUUCUAGGCCCAGAACUAGGGUACUGUUCUGACCCACUCUAGCUUUCCCACUUUGGCUUUCCACCCCAGCUAUUUUUGAUUGUCUCAUUGUCAUGAAAAGAGCUUCUGAAGUUUCUGGCACUAAUGUCCAUCCUGCCUCACAGAUCACUGGAGGAUUCCAUUAUAACAUGCUGUAAAGGCUCUGGGUAGAAAUUGUAAGGGAGUGGCUGGCUGCUGAACAGUCUGAUCAACAAGCCAUCUGUCUGGAGCCACCAAGCUGCUUGGGAGCCAGUCUACUGAAGCCCACUAGUGACAGGGCUGCUUUAGGUCACUCACCUUCUGGUGCUUUGCAAGUGACAAUCAGUACACUUGAGAAAAUGGACAGGUUUGUUUUGGCUACUCAAUCUUGGGGCGGAUUUAUGUGGUGUACAUAAGUAUGUAUAUUCAGAGAUGUGUAUGGCUUAGAGUUUUCUAUCAUGAGCAAAGUUUAUAAUAUCAAUAAAUUUCUUCAUGCUACA